ACGACGCUGUUCAGUAUUAAUCGACGACUGCAAUAUUUAUCGCGACCUGUGUCUGAUCGAAAUGGACUUUAUCCAAAUCUGUAUUUUGCUACUACAGCUCGUUGCAAAUGCACUUGGCUCCGUAUCAACCAAAGCCUAUAAGAGACACAAUGGGACAUCAACACUGAAGGGAAAACCUUUGGAGUUAAGCACUGCGCCGUCGGCUGUCCAGUGCCUGACCUUGUGUGCUGGUUAUCAGCACACUUCCAGCGAAGUAUGUUACGCAGCGCGCUACAACAGCGGUACAGGCGCGUGUGAACUGAUAUCACGCGAUAGAUUGGGAACGGUUGAAUGGAUGUCAGCAAACGAAUGGAAGGUCUAUGUUAACAAGGAUGCUGGGUGUGAGGAGGGUUGGCAUUCCUACGAAAGUUCCUGCUACUUUCUUUCGACUGAAGAACUGAACUGGCACGAUGCCCGAAAUAGCUGUCUGAACUUAGGAGCAACGCUAGCUGUUGUCACGGAUGAGGAUGAGGAUGAGUUUGUUUGGAAACUUAUUCAAACGUUGGAACACAAAUUUGCUUGGCUUGGAGCGUCGGACAAAGAUCUGGAAGGCUCGUGGCGUUGGGUUACUGGAGCGGAGUGGAACUUUACGCUCUGGCUAAAUGAUUACGUUGGUGACAAUCAAAAUAACUGUCUUCUUCGAUCCAGCAGCGGAUGGGGGGACUAUCCUUGUGAUAGCGAUCUACAUGCAUACGUGUGCGAGUAAACAGUUGUGCAUAAAAAUACAUUAACAUACAGGGCCAUAACUGUUCCUAUGAACAUACACUUUAAAAAUUGUGUGGAUAUAAACCCAUCAAUAUACAGGAUUUAUUUUAUUUAAAUAGACCUACCAACAUACACUAAUACAAAUAUUUAAAAAUGAUAUUAAAAUGUUAAGGUUAAGGACUGCUGGCUGAUAUGUCUGACCAUAUUUGCUGUCACAUAUGCAUAUUGAAUGAUUUUUAAGUAUAUAAUAGCUAUAGUAUGGGUUAAUUACAUUUCGGUUAAAGUUAUAUACUGUAAAAAGCUUUGGUGAAAAAAUGUGUUACAACAACUCGUUAUACAAUGGCUACGGGCAUUUUAACAAAAAACACACGUUUAUUUAAGAAGUAAUUUCCUUCUUUACUUCGCUUGAUUGAUAUAUUAAUUAUCGAAAAAAAUAACGCAAACAUCAGCCGAUUUUUCCGAAAGUUACAAGCCAUGCUGUUACGAUAGGAAACAUGUUUGCAUUUCGUUGAACCGGACUCGAAAUAUGCAUUUUUAAAAAAAAUAAAAAUGAUUUAAAAUGAACCAGUGGUGCAUUGAUAACACACCGUGUGUUUUGCCAAUUAAGACCAGUUUUAAUCCUGUAUUGUACGUUCUCGUAAAAGCCAUUUAAUAAGUGUAUAAUAUGUAAUGUUAAUAAUUAAGAGGUUAUCAAUGUUAUUGCUGAAGAUCACUUUAUCUUUUUAAAAUGUUUGUAACAUAUGAUUAAUUAUUCCAAAUUAUUCCAAUCAGUUGAGUUUAAUUGCCCGAUGAGUGUGUUAAUGACAACAAAGUAAAUAGCUAUAUAGCUAAUGGAGUCAAAUCACCUACAGGUAACAUUUGCAUGGUGUCAUGUAAAUAACUCUGAGGUCUUAAUUUGACAUGCAAAACAACUUAAAUACUUCAAUAAGCAGCGCGUUCAUAACGCUUUCAAAAUUAAUUGUCAAAGGGGAAAUAACAUUGUUGAAAUCAUAUCUGUAAUGUUAUGCUACGUUUACAAAACAAAAAUUGAGCAUUAUAUAGACGUAUAUUGUGGUCAUUAUAAUCUCAUUUCAAAGUACAAUAGUAGUCUUAAAUCGCUGAUUGCUAAUAGUAUUGCUCAUCCAGAUUUUUAUGGUGAUGUUUUAAAGAAAAUUUGUAAAAUUAAAAUGUUUCCAGCAGGUAAAUGGGCAGAUAGACUAAAUGAAUAACUUGGAUUUUAUUUAAACCGUGGAUAUAAAGGCCAUAUUUUGAAGAGCACUUGCCUUCUAGUUUUUUUAAGAUGAAUUCCUAAAAUAAAAUAUAGGGUUGAAUAUAGCAUCCUUACAUAACUAAACUUUGAGUCCUUUGAUUUUAUGAAGAUUUGGCUAAUUCAUGUUAUCUUUAAAACCUUUUUUGGCUGAAACCUUUUUGGCUGACUCGGAGUGUUUUGGCAUGUGAAUUCAUUUUCUUCAACAAUUGUACAUGUUCAAAUCAUUUGGAAGGAAAUAUUAGCUAAUUCAUGUCGCUUUUAUUUUUAAUAAUGGUUUCUUUAUUUGUUCCCAGUUUUAGUACAAUGAUGCUUAUUAUUAUGAAACUCUAUGAUCACACAGUUUUAAACCUUUUAUUUUAUAAGGCAAACUGUGUGUGAUGUUCAUAGUUUCAAACAAUGACUACAUCGUUCUUUGAAAAGUGUCUGCAUUAGGUGAUCUGAAUUGUAUUCCUCCGUUUGCAGAUAGAGUUCAGAUCUCUAAUCAUAGAAGUACUUGGGGUUUACCUAUAUGUUUAUUAUUUGUUUUAUUGUUAAGUUUCCUCAAGUUAAUGCAUACUUUGAUAAGAUUUACCUUUUGCAUUUUAUCUUUAUUUAGGAUUGUUGGGAAAAGAGUGAGGUUUGUGCACAUAAACUGGUUUAAACCCCCAGUAAAUUUACAUUUUACUAAUCGUUCCAAGGCGGUACCUAACAAUCCUUGAUAAACAUACCUAGUUUUUUAUAUCUAGUAUGUAUGCACUGUGGUACUUGUGGAGUUUUGUGCUGUUCUUCCACGUUUCGUGUUUGUGAUUUUAUUAUCUAUGUCUUUGGCGUUUACAAAGUGCCAUUGAACCGGGUUUAUGUUUAAACUUUUUGCUACUGAGCUUGUUUCUGUAGCUUUGCGCAUAAAUAUUUAAAUAUAAGCAAUUAGCUAAAUACUUGAUUCAACUUGUUAGAUUCCAUCAAUCUCCGAAGGUCUUGAUAUAACAACAUCCAUAUGUUGAUGACAAUUUAUUAAGUUACAAUUAUUUUCCUAGUUGUAAACAGUUGGUAAAACAUGUUUGUUUACACUGACUACCGUCUCCAUAAUCAUUAUCAGAUUCAGAGGUUGCAAAUAUAGACCUGUGUUGAACGUAACACUUCGGUUCAAAAGUAAUACUACGUACCCAUUUAUAAUGUUAUAAUGAGUAUAUAUCAAACUGGUUAAACAUAUACCAUAUACAUCAGGAACUGCUUCCUUUAAUGCCGUAAUUGCGUCUUGUUUUUACGUGACGUCAGAAACGUCGGUGUUUCACUUGUUAUUUUACAAGGUUUGGCUAAUUAUUAUUAUUAUAAUUAUUAUUAUUAUUAUAAUUAUUAUUAUUAUUAUUAUUAUUAUUAUUAUUAUUAUUAUUAUUAUUAUCAUUAUUAUGAUAACUUCUUUUUCAUAUAAAAUAUACCGCAUCGAAACCCCAACAAGUCGAUGAGUGGAGCCAAUAGCCGGUCCCAAAUACACAAAUCAUGCACAAAACCUUAUGACUCCCUCGAUGACAUAAUUUCACACUUCUUCCCAAACGCGUGUUCCAAAAUUAACAAAAACAUUGCUAGGGCAUUUGAUAAGUUAUGAU